AUUAACUCUUCCUUGUCUUCUACGAGUUGAUCGGGUGAGCCUUCAGGUCAUUUGUACAGUGCCAUGUUGUCUUGGACGCACCAUGAAGCUGCAAGUGAUAUGAAGUGUCAUUUUCUGGCAGAGCAGGGUAUGUAGCAUAACCAAAGUAAUUCAAAAUGGCCAAAAAUGCUUUCUGGGAAACGCCAGUAGCAUUUAUCAAAGAAUCAAAGUACGUCACAAGGAGCCAACUAGAUUCAUUACUGAAAUCAUAUAAUUGCUAUUUUAAGGACCAAAAGAACCUACAAAUAACCUACCACCAUGAGACCAAAGGACAUAUUGUUUUAUCAGGUCUUAUUGAGAUAUUCUGGGGAGUUCAACGACCCAUACGUUUCAAAAUGCAGGAUGAGAGAAGUAAUUCCACAGAAUCAAUCCAACUUCCAGAGGUCAUAGGAUCAAGUAUAACAAAAAGUGGAAUGAUGCGUUGGGGCGAAUUCGAUGACCUUUAUCACAUUACUGAAAUGGAAGAAGCUGGAAAGACUUCUGAUGGUGAAUCAGACUCACAGAAUGACUGUGACUAUAACUGUAGCACCCUGAAGCCCCACCUUAAUGACCAUGCCCCUGAUUCACCGUCUUUAUACCGCACCAUGAGUGAUGCCGCACUAGUUAGGAAAAGGAUUCGUCCAGACACUCCAGACAGAAGUCAUCUACAGAAGCAUCGGUUUUCCAUUAAUGGACACUUCUAUAAUUAUAAGACCUCUAUAUUCACUCCAGCUUUUGGCUCCGAGACAAAGGUUAUGAUUAACAGCACUAUGAAAACAAAAGAAGUCAUUGAGCAAUUAUUACAUAAGUUCAUGAUUGAGAAUAGCUCAAAUGAGUUUGCACUAUAUAUUAUUCAUGCAUCAGGAGAAAAGAAAAAGCUAAAGGACAUAGACUGCCCUUUGUGGGAGCGGCUCUUACAAGGUCCUUCAGGAAGCAUAGCAAGAAUGUUCCUCAUGGACAGAGAGGCAGAGGAGAUAAGCGGUGAUGUAGCACAGUACAUUAAGUUUAACCUUCCACUUUUAGAAAACAUAUUGCAGAGGUUAAAUGAGGAGGAAGAAAGGGAAAUUCAGAGAACUGUAGAUAAGUACGUCUAUGAAAAGUCCAUAGUACUUCAAUACCUGAAUUUGAAAACGGUUAAAAAAACUGAGACUACUGUUUAGUUGUCUAAAUACAUUUCACGAAGUGGAGGCAAAGUAAAUAUUUCAACAGCAUAAGAUUCUACAAUGAGAGUCACCACAGAGGCUGCACUAAUGAUUAGCAGAAUCCUACAGAAGACAAGAGCUGGAAAGACUUAGAAUAUUAUAUUAAAAACAACACAUGUACCUCAGGCUGCAGAACAUUCAAACAGUGUGAUUUAUUUAGUAAUGUAUUUAUUCUUAAAGUCUAUGUAAUAGGUUAAGGUGUAGCUUAUAAAAAAAAGAGAUUUCUACAUCAGUGUUUCUCCACUGGGGUGCUGUUUGGGUUCCCCCACCCCCCUUAGGUGCUGCAGCACAUAACCCAGUUUUCCAUGGAUCACCAUAACAACCAAUAAUGCCCUAAGGUAGGCCACAUAUCAUCAUUUAUUGCUACGAUGUUAGCAGCUGGCCAGCCUGAUGGUGAUAAUCCAGGGCAGACGCCAUGAAGGGCCACCCCUAGCAUUCUGGAGGGGGAGAGUCUGCCUCCUCCAGACCUGUGCAAUCUCCCGCUUGCUGCUGGAGUCCAAAGCUGGGGCUGUGAUGUGAAGAGGGGACUAUGGGAUUUGGAGGAGGGAGGGCAUUGUAAUGGGGGCUCUGUGAUGGGGGAAACUCAGUGGUGAUGAGUAGAGUAAUGACCAUCCCCAUCAGGAGACACUAUUGGGAUGGGAGUACUCUGUCAUCGAGGUCCUCCAAUGUGAUGGGGGAGCUCUGAUGUAUAGAGAGGACUCUGAUGGGAUGGGGCGGGGGCUCCCACAUGAAAGGAGCCUCUGACAAAAAGAGGACUCUGAUAUGAAAGGGGGCUGUAAUGGGGGAACCUCUGAUGUGAUUGGGGAACCUCUGAUGUGAAGUUAAAUUUAUCAAGGCUGUUAUGUGCAUCAUCCCAAUCUCAGGUUUCUGAUUGAUAAGUAACACUUAGGAUUUUUACAGCUUAGACUGGGGUGCUUCGAGAUUUUGCAUACUUCUAAAGGAUGUCCCGACUAUAAAAAGAUUUAGCAACACUGGUGUACAUUAUUAUUAUUAUUAUUAUUAUUAUUAUUAUUAUUAUUACUUGAUUUAUGUUGGAAUUAAAAGUUAUUCUUUUGUAUUCAGUAAACCAAUUGCUAUAAUAUACAUAGGGCAGUUUAAACAUGAAUUACCUUCUUUUUUUUCCCUGUAUGUGCAUAUUUGUUAUAGAGAUUUUCCAUCCAACAAUUAUAAUUAUGCCCACCAUAAAUCACAUUGGCAGGAAAAGAGUUACCUCUUCUCUCUAUAAAGUGUUUUUUUAAAGGACUGUAAGCUAAUGUAUUUAUUGAUUAUAACAAAAAGGUGCUUGUUUGUUAAGCAGUGUAAAUAUAGAUUGGGUAAAAACACUUUUAAUUCAACAAAUCACACAAUUUUCUUAAAUAAGUAUAUUGGAUUUCAUAUACAGUAUACCAAGGAAUGAGAAGAUAAAACACAACAUCAAUUAACUGUUUUAGAAUUAGACAGACCCUAAUUUGUCCAAUCUGUAUGAACAUUGGU